UAUAAAAGGAGAGAAUGUCUCUCGCCUCGUGUACACCCGUGCAUCGACUCAUCACCACACUCAAGUCACAGUACAAUUGUCUUUUUCUGACACCAAAGCGAGAGGGAAAUAUUCACAAAAUACCACUUGUGGGGUUCUUGGUGCUGGAAAGUACAUACCAUGAAUGCAGCGGAGUUCCGGCGUCGAGGAAAGGAGAUGGUCGACUUUGUAGCCGACUAUUUGGAGAACCUGGAGCAGCGACCAGUUUAUCCAGAUGUGGAGCCAGGCUAUCUGAAAUCAUUAAUCCCGAGUGAGGCACCACUGGAACCAGAAAGCUACGAGGAUAUAAUGAAGGAUGUGGAGCGGGUCAUAAUGCCUGGGAUCACCCACUGGCACAGUCCAUACUUCUAUGCAUACUUCCCUGCAGCUUCCUCCUACCCUGCAUUGUUGGCGGAUAUGCUCUGUGGAGCCAUUGGGUGCAUUGGAUUUUCUUGGGCUGCAAGCCCAGCUUGCACAGAGCUGGAGACAGUGAUGUUAGACUGGUUAGGAAAAAUGUUGCAGCUGCCAGAGGCUUUCAUAGCUGGAACUCAUGGUCAUGGAGGAGGAGUCAUCCAGGGCACAGCCAGUGAGGCAACCCUCAUGUCCUUGCUCGCUGCCCGUUGUAAAGCGAUUCGUCAUGUCCAGUCCAUUGACCCGAAAAUGUCUGAACCUGAGAUCCUCGCCAAAUUGGUGGCAUAUACAUCAGAACAAUCUCAUUCGUCGGUGGAGCGGGCAGGUCUGAUUGGGGGCGUGAUGAUGAAGAAAGUCCCGACAGACAGCACUUAUGCUGUCACGGGUGAUAUGCUGAAGGAGAUUGUGGAAAAGGACAAAGAAGCGGGUCUCAUCCCUUUUUACUUCUGUGCAACGCUUGGCACCACUGGAUCAUGUGCGUUUGAUCAUAUCUCUGAGCUGGGGCCGAUAUGCAAUGAACAAAACAUGUGGAUGCAUAUUGACGCUGCGUAUGCUGGGAGUGCAUUUAUCUGCCCUGAAUUUCGACCUUUAUUGAAUGGCGUAGAGUUUGCAGAUUCUUUCAAUUUGAACCCACACAAAUGGCUUUUGAUCAACUUUGACUGCUCUGCUAUGUGGGUCAAGAAGAGACAGGACAUGAUUGGAGCCUUUAAGGUGGAACCGCUCUACCUAAGACAUGAGAACCAGGAGUCAGGGCUGGUGACCGAUUAUAGGCACUGGCAGAUUCCCCUGGGCAGACGAUUCCGUUCGCUCAAAAUGUGGUUUGUCUUUCGCAUGUACGGCCUCCAAGGAUUACAGGCUCACAUACGUAAGCAGGUGGGCCUGGCCAAGGAGUUUGAAAGUCUGGUACGAGCAGACAAGAGAUUUGAGAUCUGUGCUGACGUCAUCAUGGGUCUGGUUUGCUUCAGGCUGAAGGGCUCCAAUGAGCUGAACCAGAAUCUGCUGAAGAGAAUCACAAAGAGCAGAGAGAUCCACUUGGUUCCUUGCCAUCUGACCGGACUUGUCUGCUCGCGCACCACCGAGUCUCGUCACAUCCGCCAAGUGUGGCGGCACAUCACUCAGCUGACCUUUGAUCUUCUGCAGGAUACCGUUCAAUGA